ACUAGUCUUUGCAAAUGUUGCACAUUUGUCACUUUAUAGUUAUAAAGCUUUGUUAUUAACUAUUGUCAAGUGAGUGUAAGUUCUAUAUGAGUGAUGCGUUAUUAGAUUUUAACAAUUUAUAGUACGACGAUCAGAUGUUUUUACAUUGUUUCAGUAAUGCAAUCGGUACGUCAAAAAUAAGCACGCGUUGUUGGGAUUUUGCUGGGCACAACUCCAAAUAUUCGUGGCUCUCCACGUAUUUCAAUUAUAAAUUCAGGCUGUCAGUUCAGUUUAGCAAUCGUUUAUGUUGAGAGCAGUCAGCCUGUGGCCUUCGGCACAAGGAGUAGGCAUAAUAACCAGAGAAGUGUCCCUUGAAAACGACAAUGCUUCAGUAGCAUCGCGGGGAGUGUUGAAUCAAUAUCACAAGACACUUUAUGUUCGUCAUGGGAACGACUGCUGAACUGAGGAUGCCUUUCUUACUCGGCACGGCGCUGAAAUUAAAAAAUAAAUAUAUAUAUAUAUGUACUUUCAUUCAAUUUUGAGAAAAGAUCAAAACAGCCGUGAAAUUUGGAUGAACGUAGCGGCAGCCGCAGUGGCCUGCUGCGGUACCUCUAUUACAGCGUUGUGUAUUGAAUGACCACAAUUAAUCAAACUAAUGGACUCCAAUGCCAACUAAUGUACGUUUCUCCAUAUCUUGCAAGGUUAGAAUAUUACACACGCCUCUAUUACAGCAUUCAGCGGGAAAACUGAAUAAUCACAAGGAAUGACGUAUAACUUCGGUAACCAAUCCGUGAAUUACACAUCCUCUGCCUCUACCAAUUUCCUUUCCAUGCAAUACCAAAAUUCAACACCAUCGAGCCGCGGUUUCAUUCAAGUUGUCUACGUUUUGGUGUUAAGUAGUUUCAGAUGGAGAAAAUGGCAAAACAGAUCUUUGGUUUGGAGUUAUUUUACAUUAUAUCCCUUGUAUACCAGGGAGCUAUUUUGUCUGUCUCCGGAGUUGAGACUUCAUCUUAUACAGGGGAAUAUACGUUUUAUGCCGCUGAAAAUCGUGCCGUGAGAGAUUUUGCAUUUGCAACCAAAACUGUGCGCUCUCGUGUCAUUUGUGGACGGGAAUGCAGCAUGGAUGAACGUUGCAAGUCGUUUAACUUUUACGACUGCAAUAAAAUGUGCGAGUUGAACCUUGCCACAAGACGAGAGCAUCCCGAAGACUUCAAUGCAACUCAAGGGAGUGUGUACUUUGAUGCAGAUGAGGACACACCUCUCUACUCACUGACUGAUAGCUCCUUCAAUCGCUACAGAAGUUGCAAGAUGUUUUUAUAUGCCGGUUAUUAUUCAAGCGGUAUUUUCACAAUCUACCCAGAGGGAUUAGGUAAUGGCGGUCUUUGUGUCUACUGCGACAUGGAAACUGACGGCGGAGGAUGGAUCGUGUUUCAGAGGCGACAGGAUGGCAGCGUGGACUUCUACCGUAACUGGGCCGAGUACCAGUCUGGCUUUGGCGAUCUGUCCGGUGAGUUUUGGUUGGGCAAUGACAACUUGGUGACUCUUACGUCUGAUGAUUCACGUGGGACAUGGGAGCUACGAGUUGAUUUAGAGGACUGGGAGAACAACACGGCAUGGGCAAAGUACUCAGAUUUCAAACUAUCCCGGGGUAACUACAGUCUGAUUAUUGGCCGAUACAAUGCCAGCAGCACUGCCGGUGACUCUCUUGGGCCCCACAAAGGAAGUCCCUUCACAACAAAGGAUCGUGACAAUGACGCAUGGGGGGCAGAAAAUUGUGCACAAACCUACACUGGAGCCUGGUGGUUUGAUAAAUGUUUUACAUCUCACUUGAAUGGUGCAUAUUACCCACAAGGCCAUGUAGGAUUUGCCGAGGGCGUGCAAUGGAGGAAAUGGAAAGGGUAUACGUAUUCUUUGAAAAAGUGCAGCAUGAAAAUGCGUGAAUUGGGACCGUGAAUAUUGUAUAAGUUGCAAACACGGCACUAGUCUUAAAAUUAAACAUAUAUAAUGAACAUUUUUGCCUAUGGAUACUGGGAGUGGGAGGGGGCACGGGAACUUCCCCAAUGACGUAGCGAUCGGAAUGGGUGUUCGAGUGUUGUUCCCCCUCCUUCACGCCCAUAAAAAAAAUAGAGAAAAAAGAAAACUGAAACGGCGGUUUGGCUUUAUUUAGUGUAGAAAAUGUAACAAUAGAAAGUAUUUGGCAGGUUCCUUUUAUGCUGCUACGAGACUGUAUAUAACACAUACAUUGUACAUGUACAAAUAUAUAUAUAGACAAAAUGUAUAAUUAACUGCGCCCAAAAAUGGCAAAUGACGUCCAAUCGUCCCCUCCCCCUUUAUGAACUUUGGAAAACGCGACCCUGAAGAGUUACUCUCUGAGCUACUGCUGGGUAACGGCAGCGGCCCUUUUUUUUUCAUUUCAAAACAUCAACCCC